UGUAAACCAAUAACUGAUAACUAGGGAAGUGGACAGAAUAAAGUCGAGUGCGCCCGCUAAUAAAGUAAGUUUAGUACAAUGCAGGGACCUAUAAUAUGUUAUGUCUCAUCGAAAUCCAGGCAGACGACGUAGAAAUGAUAGAUAACCAUGUGUACGCCGAAGAAGAAAGUGCCGGAGAAUUGUUUCCUUUGUGAAAACAAAAGAGUUUUUAGUUUGACUGGAAAAAAAGAAUCAAAUUAUAAUGAAAAAAUUUCUUAUUUAUUAAAUCGUCCAUUUAAGGAUUUUGUUUCUGCAAAUCAAGAGGCACUAAUUGAAUUAGGAGUUUGUAGAGGGUGUGACGCCAAAAUUCAGUCUGCUCAUGAAAUUGUUAAAAAACUGGACCUGGCUUUGAAUGAUGGCGUUCAAAUAUCAGACUCAACUCGAUUUAAGCGUGGCACAGUCUCGCCCAUAACACCAAAAUUAUCUUCAACUGUGAAGCGUAGCAAACAUGCUCCUACUGCUGGUAAAAAACCUGCAAGGCGUUCACUUGGUGACAUGGCCAUACCAGGUCCUUCCAAGGAGACUUCAGAGGUUGAAGUUGUUGUAGUUCAUUCUGUGUUCACAAAAGAUCAUGACUAUAUGGCCACAGCCGUUGGGUCAGAUCAUGACUACACCAGGGCUUUAGACACAGACAUGAAACCACAUGACAUUCAUGCCAUCCCUACAAUAACUGCCAUGGACAUUAUCAAGCAGCAUUUGUGUGAGACAAGUGGGAGCACCGAAAUAGUGGAUGAAAUAGUGGAUAUUGUCGCCAAUAACAAGAUAUUAUCCACUCGAGUUCAAGCAAGAUUCUUGGAACAAAUCAACAAUGUCUGCGCACGAUUGUCCUCUAGAAAUGCUGCAUUUAACAGCAUUCUUCUGAAAAAGAAAAGUGUCUCACAGUUGAUGCAGAAUGGGGAAAACAUUAUUCCAGAAAUAUUACAGGAAAUUUCAGAAAGCCUUCCGUUCGUCCUUGACCUGUUCUGCACAAUGGCAAUAGCUGUCAUUAAGCAGUUUAUACAGUGA